GGUGCAGCCAGAAGGAAAGUGGUAAAGUGGCUCCCAUGUGGCUUUCCCUUCGUGCAGCCUAUGAAAUGGUGCUUUGCUGUAACCUGGAUUGCAGAGCCUGCUCAUGCUGACUCAUGAAACCUGCAGCUCUCAGUAUUCCACAUCCUAGACUCAGGCUUAGCUACAGUAGCUAUUGCUCUAACUAUGGGCUGCAGGCCAGGGAGAGAGACAUCAUCCUGCCCACAUUUGGUCUUCAGUGGGUAGAUUAGCUGCUUAGAUCUCUGCAUAGGGUAACAGCCCUUCAGCCACAGACGGGGGCCUCCUCCCUAGCCUUCUCUUUUUUCUCCCCCUCCUCUCUGGGGGACUGUACAGCUUUAAGGAAACGUCUGGCAGAUGCAGACGCAGAACAUCUGGGCAGCGUUAGCUGAGUCUCAAAUGAUGCAGGAACAAACCACGCACUUUGGGAAAGUUAAAGCACAAGUUUCCUGAACAGGCUGAGAGAAGGCAAGGAGAGGGAGCAGCGCUGAGACAGGUACCAGUCUACACUGCUGCCUGCUGGGCUCGCCAGGCUGCAGCCUGCCUGCUAACGUCAGAGUGCACUACCAGGCAAGGUGCUGGCUCCCGUGGCCCGGGCCCACCCUGCAUGCUAGAAUGGCACAAGGAGAAGCACCACUCCUGCUGCUUUUCCUCACCAGGCUGGUGUCAUCAACAUGGUAUGAAGGUUCUGGCUACGACAAUACUGAGAGGUACAACAAUGAAGUGUACGUGGAAGAGGCUCCUCAAGCUCCUGCCCUGGAUUAUCGAGUUCCCCAGUGGUGCUAUUCAUUAAAUCUCCACCACGGAGAGGCAACCUGCCACUCCCCCAGGGGAGGGAAUUACCGCAGCAGCCUGGGGACACGCUGCGAACUCUCAUGCGAUCGAGGUUUCCGGCUAAUAGGGCGGAGGUCAGUGCAGUGCUUGCCGAGCAGGCGCUGGUCUGGCACCGCCUACUGCAGACAGGUCCGGUGUCAUGUACUGCCGGCAGUGAUGAGUGGCUCCUACCAGUGUUCAGCCGGGGCGCUGCUGGACUCUCACUGUGAUUACUCUUGCCUCCCCGGGUACCACCUGGAGGGUGACCGCAGCCGGAUGUGCAUGGAGAACGAGCGGUGGAGCGGCAGCGAGCCAAUCUGUGUAGAUAUUGAGCCCCCCAAGAUCCGAUGCCCAGAGACUCGAGAGAGGAUGGCAGAGCCAGAGAAGCUGACAGCUACUGUGUACUGGGACCCACCCCAUGUGAAGGACUCUGCUGAUGGCAUUAUCAAACGAGUGACACUGCGGGGCCCAGAACCUGGGUCUGAGUUUUCAGAGGGGGAGCACGUUAUCCGUUAUAUCGCCUAUGACCAGGCCUACAACCGAGCCAGCUGCAAAUUCAUCGUCCGAGUCCAAGUGAGACGCUGCCCUGUUCUGAAGCCGCCACCGCAUGGCUACCUCAGCUGCACCUCUGAGGGCAAUAACUACGGUGCCACAUGCGAGUACUUAUGUGACGGUGGCUAUGAACGCCAAGGGAGCCCCUCCCGCGUCUGCCAGUCCAGCCGCCACUGGUCGGGAUCCCAGCCCGUUUGUGCGCCCAUGCAGAUCAACGUGGACGUGAACUCGGCUGCUGGCCUCCUGGAUCAGUUCUAUGAGAAACGCCGGCUCCUGAUAGUCUCGGCUCCUGACCCCUCCACUCGCUACUACAAGAUGCAGAUCGCCAUGCUGCAGCAAGCCACCUGUGGGCUGGACCUGCGGCACGUCACCAUCCUCGAGCUGGUAGGGCAGCCCCCCCACGAGGUGGGCCGCAUCCGUGAACACCAGCUCCCGGCUGACAUCAUUGAGGAGCUCAGACAAUUCCUGCAUGUCACUCGCUCCACUUUUAAUAUGGUGCUGAUUGACAAGCAGGGCGUGGACCGCGAGCGCUACAUCGAGCCUGUCACCCCUGAGGAGCUCUUCACCUUCAUUGACACCUACUUGCUGAGCAGCCAGGAGGUCACCCAGCGAGCACAAAGCAAGGACAUGUGUGAAUGAGUGACUCUGCACGGGUGGGGGCUGAUCCCUGCAGUCCAGGUGCCAGUGCUCCCAUCCCUUCACAUUCAGAACCCCACAACCUCAGGACAGAGAAUUCCCUUUCCGCAUCAUCUUGGGUCAGCUGUGAGGGAGGAAAUGGUGUCAAAGGUCACAGACUUUUCAGUGGAGCUGGGAGCUAGCUGGGCCAAGCCAAUGUUACAGCAGCCUUUUACUACACCAGGCCAGCAGUGAGGUUAGGAGAAAAGAGGAGUUUAGGGGCACUCUCUCUUCCCCUCCCCCCACCCCAAAUCAGCCUCUGCCCUGGCCCAAACCAUCACUAUCAGACCAGCAGGGGGAGGCUGCCAGUCAGGAAGGAGGGGUCCAAGCUCAGGUUGGAAUAGCAGGAGCUGCUGCAUCUCAGGACCAGAACAUCAAUGGGUAAACUUAGGUCACUCCCCUCUCUUGUAAGAAACAAGCAUGCGCUAACAAUAGUAGGGUUCUCAGCCAUGCAGCAGGCCCUGCCUGCAUCCCAGACUAGAUUUGCCAUGCAGUGCUAGCACAGCAUGCCCUGCCCAUGCCACACUAGCCCCUUGGCAGAGGACAUGUGGCUCCAGCAAUAGCACUGUACCCCAGCACCCCAUACAGAUAGAAUCAUAGAAUAUCAGGGUUGGAAGGGACCUCAGGAGGUCAUCUAGUCCAACCCCUUGCUCAAAGCAGGACCAAUCCCCACCAAGCAUGUUUGUGUAGCCACCAGAGGUGGAGCUGUGAUGCUCUGGCAAGGGAUGACAGCAGCUGACAGUGGGGCUGCCCAGACCAGUCUAUGAAUCCCUGCUGCAUAAGGCUUGUUCCCAAGAGCUGGAAGAGGGUUAGGCAGGCUGCAGCCCACCACCACCACGAGCCUGACAAUUCUCCAGGGAAAAUGGCUUCUCUGAAUCCCAGAGCAGGAACAGAAGAUGUUUGAAUGACACCCUCAACUACAAAGACUGGGCUUUGUUUAGACCCAAGCAGGCAUGAGGUAAGAGUUGGAGAGUAGAAAGAAAGCCAUAUGGGGAACAGGCCACCUGGCUCAGAUAGGGACUGAAGCUGGUGAAGGCCAUGCCUUUCCUCAGCCACCAGAUCUGACCACCCAGGAGGUUUCUUUCCUAUUUUAAAAAGGGUGGGGAAGUGCUUGGUUCAUUAAGAGCAAAAUCACCCCAGAGCCCCCAGCUUCCCUGCACACUAGGGCCUAGCCAACAGUCUUAGGGCCACAGCCCAUGCUCCUGCCUCAUUACAGGACUUCAUUAACACUUACCUACUGAAGAAAGGCCAGUAGUAUAGGGGACAGGUUUGUAACCCUAGUGUCUCUUGCCCCCAUCCAUCAUUCCCCUUCUCCAAGGAACAUGGGGAUGGGUAGUGAGGUGAAACAAGGACAGACCAUGGGGCAGAGUGCAGGUAGCAGUGAAGGGUUGACAGAGCUUGCCCCUGCUGUGCCGCUCAGCCAGUGGCAGAGAUAGGCUCCUUAGCUCAGCAACCAUCUCACUGCAAGUUUCAAAGUGUCUCUUCCCUGGAGCAGACCCUCAGGGACACAGCUCCAGGACAUGCUGCCACAAAGCAGUGCUAAGACUGAUAGCCGGACACAAGCAGAGCAGACAACAAUCUGCAGUGGGGGGCAGACCGGAUUCUAUUCACAUCACAGUUAAUGGCAGCAG